AUGGACAGCGUGCGACGCACCACCUCUCGCCGCUCUUCGAGAUCAAGAAAAGGACAAGACGGCCCCCCGUUACAUCGGUUGCUGUCGAAUCACCAUCCGGACGACCACUCGGUGUACCACCAUGAAGACGGCGACGGCGUGCAUGUCAAGGACGAUGCGUCGUCGCUGCAUAAAACCGAGACGCAGCGGCGGGAAGCAGAGUCGAGCGACGACAGCAGCGUGAGCAGCGCGCAAGAGAAGGAAGAUGCAGACGAGCCGGCGCACGUGGAGGAGACGACAUAUGAGGAGAUCAGGGGCGGGAUACCGUACGAGCACGACGUCGAGGCAGCCAAGCCGGAGCUGGCGAAGAAGAAGAGCAGUCGCAGCAUCCAAGACCCGAACCUUGUCUCGUGGGAGUCGGCCGACGACCCCGCGAACCCCAAGAACUGGUCCAUGAAGCGCAAGUGGGCCGCUACCCUCAUCGUGUCGUGCUUCACGCUCGUCUCGCCCAUUUCCUCGUCCAUGAUCGCGCCCGCGCUGUCGUCCAUCAGCCAGGAGUUCAACAUCACGAACGAAGUCGAGGCGCAGCUGACGCUCAGCAUCUUCGUGCUUGCGUACGCCAUUGGACCGCUGUUUCUGGGCCCGCUGUCGGAGAUCUACGGGCGCGUCAUCGUGCUGCAGCUGUCGAAUCUGUUCUACCUGGCUUGGAAUCUGGCAUGUGGGUUUGCGCAGACCUCGGGCCAGCUAAUGGCGUUUCGGUUCCUCAGCGGCUUGGGCGGGUCGGCGCCGCUCGCUAUCGGCGGUGGCGUCCUCAGUGACUGCUUCCACGCGGAGCAGCGUGGAAAAGCAAUCUCCAUCUACUCCCUCGCGCCUCUACUGGGGCCGGCCAUUGGGCCUAUUGCGGGCGGGUUCAUCAGCGAGAACACGACGUGGCGGUGGUGUUUCUACGCCACCACCAUCUUCACCGCCGUGGUGCAGUGCUUCGGCGUGGCCCUCCUGCAGGAGACGUACGCGCCGAAACUGCUCGCGUGGAAGCGCGACAAGCUGAUCAAGGAGACGGGCAACGCAGCGCUGCACACCGAGUUCGACUCGCCGGACAAAACGCUGGCCACGACGCUGAAGACGGCGAUGCAGCGGCCCUUUAUCCUCCUGGGCACGCAGCCCAUCCUGCAGGUGCUCGCGUGCUACAUGGCGUACCUGUACGGGCUCAUGUACCUGAUGCUCUCGACCUUCCCGCGGCUCUGGACAGGGCGGUACGGGAUGAGCGUGGGGACGGGGUCUCUCCACUUCAUCAGCAUGGGCGUGGGCUUCUUCCUGGGCACGCAGAUCACGGCGCCGCUGAACGACAUGCUGUACCGGCGGCUGAAGCAGCGCAACAACGGGGUGGGCAAGCCCGAGUUCCGGGUGCCCAUCAUGAUCCCGGCGUCGCUGCUCGUGCCCGCGGGCCUGUUCUGGUACGGGUGGAGCGCGCAGGCGAAUCUGCACUGGAUCAUGCCCGACAUUGGCGCUGCGCUGUUCUGCGCCGGCGUCAUCGUCGGGUUCCAGUGCAUCCAGACGUAUCUGGUCGACAGCUACACGCGGUACGCGGCGAGUGCGAUUGCGGCGGCGACGGUGCUGCGGUCGCUGGCUGGGUUUGGGUUCCCGCUGUUUGCGCCGGCCAUGUACAACGCGCUGGAUUUUGGGUGGGGGAAUAGCCUGCUCGGGUUCGUGGCGCUGGCGCUUGGUGUCCCGGCGCCGUUUAUGCUGUGGAGGUUUGGUGAGGGGUUGAGGGCGAAGAGUCGGUUUGCUGCUGGUUAG